GGGGCGGGUUUCAGAAUGCGAUCGCGAGUCUCCCGCAGCACCUUGUGGAGAAGUUAGACGACUUUAAGAAAGGCGUUCACUCGUGGAUCAACCGAUUCAAGAAGAGUACGAUUACGUCUCUGUGAAGUAGAAUUUUAGUAAAGCGACCUUAUCGUGAUUUCACAACUACAACGAGAAGUUCGCUCAAUAUCUUGAUGGCCGCGAAUAUUUUAUUUACAAAAACUCGAGGCAUUUAAACUUAUUUUAGGAACGCCAAGACGUCAAUGUUCAAAGAAAUGUAUGAAGUCUGUUCAAGCGUGACUGUAAUUUUCUUUUUGACACUGCACUAUCAGUACGAUUACCAAAGUUUAUUUACGUGUGACGGCUAGAAGAUAAUCUAGUUCUAUCGACGUCCCCAUUACCAACAUUUCGUUCAUCACGUAUACAAAUUCAAAAUUUUCUAGCUUUUUUUCUUUUUAUUUUCGCGAGUAUGCAUGCUUACAAGUAGGUGCAACUUUUUCGAUGAACCCAAUUUUUAUUCCGACAACGAUGUUUUACUUUUACUUUUGAUCCAGCCCCCCCUUCUGAUGCUCGACAAGGUGAACGGAGGAACUUUGCUACCGCGUCGGACGAGAUACCUUGCAG